AUGGCCGAUCCUGGUGACGCUCCUUAUAAAAUACCCGGUCAGUUCGUCUACGAAGGAGUCUUGUACGGCGACUAUGUCCGUAAAGAGAUACUAGAAAACCCAGCCAGCGUCGACGUAAGAAAAGAUGACGUGUUUGUGGUGACGUACCCUAAAACAGGCACAACCUGGACGCAGGAAAUUAUGACCCUGAUUCUCAAUAAUGGAGAUUUCGAAAGUAACAAGAAGACACUUCUACAAAUUCGAUCACCAUUUAUGGAAUUCUACGUGAAAAUUAAUUUUAUCAUGAAAUCAAUUUCCUUUCUAUAUUCGUAUACAAUUGGUUUAUUGAUUCCAAAGUCGUGGGAAAAGUACAUUCCGAUACCCCCUUAUGGAGUGCUUCAACUAGCGGAUGGAUUGUCGCAUAUAAGACAAAUGCCGUCUCCAAUACUCAUAAAGUCACACUUGCAAGUAAAGUUUUUCCCGCCUCAAGCGUUGAAAAAUAAUAAGGAUCCUCAUGAUGCAGUGCGUAAGAUGGCUGCCUUUGUUGAAAGGCCAAUUUCUGAGGAACUCGUAGAUGCUAUAGUACGCCAUACCUCAGUUAAGAAUAUGCAAACUAACAGUGCAACUAAUGUGGAUGUUAACAGGGCGUUUUUGGACUCUAAAAUAAGUCCAUUUAUUAGAAAAGGAGUCGUUGGUGAUUGGGAGAAUUACUUCACUGUUGCUCAAAAUGAUGAGUUUGAUAGAAUAUACGAAAGAAGGAUGAAAGACACAGAUUUGAAGUUUGAAUGCAUGAAAUCAAUUUCCUUUCUAUAUUCGUACACAAUUGGUUUAUUGAUUCCAAAGUCGUGGGAAAAGUACAUUCCAAUACCCCCUUAUGCAAUGCUUCAACUAGCGGAUGGAUUGUCGCAUAUAAUACAAAUGCCGUCUCCAAUACUCAUAAAGUCACACUUGCAGAUAGUCUACGUUGCAAGAAAUCCCAAAGACACGUGUGUUUCCUUCUACCAUUUCUACCGAAUUGCAUUUGGUGAUUAUUUUGAUCACGUGAUUGGAUGGUGGAAUGAAAAAGACAGAAAUAAUGUGUUGUACUUAUUCUAUGAAGACAUGAAAAAAGAUCCCCAUGAUGCAGUGCGUAAGAUGGCUGCCUUUGUUGAAAGGCCGAUUUCUGAAGAAUUAGUAGAUGCUAUAGUACGCCAUACGUCAGUUAAAAAUAUGCAAACUAACAGUGCAACUAAUGCGGAUGUUAACAGGGCGUUUUUGGACUCUAAAAUAAGUCCAUUUAUUAGAAAAGGAGUCGUUGGUGAUUGGGAGAAUUACUUCACUGUUGCUCAAAAUGAUGAGUUUGAUAGAAUAUACGAAAAUAGGAUGAAAGACACUGAUUUGAAGAUUGAAUGCUUUUCAGCAAGCGAUUUCAUCGUAACACUUGGUGAUCACAACCUUCUUGAAAACGAUCACACAGAACAGUACAUCAAUGUUUCAGGGAUAUAUAAGUGUCCCGUAUACGAUCCAACAACCAUUGAUUGUGACUACGCCAUUCUGACUCUGGAUCACAGUGCCGUUCUUAAUGAAAAUGUCAGUACUAUCGCUAUGUCUAAUAAUUACACCGACACUGGUAGUUGUAUUAUUUCAGGAUGGGGCACGUCUGAACGUGACGAAAGUAUACACAAUAUACUGCAAGACGCGGAAGUCGCUAUAUAUCCAACCAGCAAUUGCUCGUCUGGCAGAGUGUGGGGUAAUUAUAUUACCGACAAUAUGGUGUGUGCCGGUAAUGGAUCGCCUGGAACAUGUUCGGGUGAUAGUGGCGGUCCUUUGGCGUGUCGGGAUACUGAUGGUAAUUUAGUUCUACAGGGAAUCACCAGCUGGGGAAGCGGUGAUUGUGGUAGUAUGCCAGACGUGUACACACGUGUGAGUGUAUAUUAUGACGUCAUCACGAGUCAAGUCGACGGCACUGUUGUUGCUGACUCCUCUAGUGAGGGAAAUGGUAAUGGAAGAGACAAAAACAAAAGCAAUGGCAAAAAGAAAAACCAGAUCAGCAGGGGGCGCGUACUGCGUUCGUUAUUGCGUAAUCCGAAAUAG